GACUUAUGCGUGUGGUAACAAAGUCAAAGUCACCAAGAAGAAAUAUUUUUGUCUAUAGUUGUACAUACAUACAACACGUUAUAAAAGCACUGUUUCUCUUCCUUGCAUUUUUACUAAUCUUCAUGAGUUGGUAUUGCACGCGUUCACUUCCGACGCCCAUAAACGGGAAAUGGAGUUCCAAAAACACCAGUUCCACUCUGCUUAUUAGAUGCAAUGAUUCAAAUACAAGUGGAUACCAGGCAUCUUACGAUUUUGUGCUGACUGAUUACAAUUUUCAUAUUUUUAUGUUUAUCGUUCCUCUCACCAAUAGGGAAUGGCUUUGGAUUGGUAAAUCACAAGGCGGAGUACUUACUCUUCACCAUAGUGACGCUAGGCUACUUUUUAGUUACGACAGAAAGGACCUGGAAUCGAAUCUACGGGUUUUUGUACGAGUGCCCGGACAUUCUUCCACAUUCUUUACUCAUGCGCUAAGGGCAAAAUCAAAAUAUUUGCUUUCCUUAUUUUUUCUUAUUUUCGCUUACAAUUUUUUUCAGAUCACGCAAAAACCUGCUCACCACCUUAAGAACUGUCAUAUUCAACGUAGAAAAUUUCAAGCUCAGACAUUGAAUUAGUGUGUUUAUGAGAUUUUUACAUUCUAUUAUUACUGUAACUUAUUUAUUGCGAUCGACAUUUCAUCCUUUUUCUUCUAUUUUUUGUUAAUAGAGAACCAAAUGCUAUCCUUUUUAACCUUAUCUACUAUGUCAGCGCAAGAAGUGAAAAUGAUUUGAAAAGUGCGUUUAUCUUUAGUUUGAUGACUUUUUUGAACUCUAACUUGCGAUUUAGGACCUCGUGAACGACGUUUUUUUUUGCCUCGGAGUGACAGAUAAAGUUAAUGUUUGAAAAUGUCAUAUGCUUUCCAUUACAAUUGUUGUGGAAAAGAUUUAA